AUGCCAUCGUCGUUUUCUCGUUUCAUCCCAAGGGGCCUUUCUCUAUCCCAAAUCCAACGCUUCAUACCUAAAAGCUGGAAACGAGGCACCACCCAAUUUGAGAAACCAUCAGCACCGUCUAUUUUCGAAACAGGUUCAUCCGUUGAUGAUUCUAUGAUAGAUUCUCUUCUUAUAUCCAUUAAGAACUUUGCAAGCGAGGGUAAUUUAUCAAAAGCAUUCAAAGCUUUCUCUCUUCUCAAGCUCCAUGGCUCUUCUGCCACUUCUUGUGACCUUAUCUUGCAUCCCAUCUCUUCUCUUCUCUUGUCUUGCGCCAACCAUAAAUCUUUCCCACAGGGUGAACAGCUUCAUGCACAUAUUGUCAGAUUGGGUUUUGAGCGACACCCCAUUUUGGUUUCCAAGCUGGUUACUCUUUACUCAAGCUUUAAUCUCCAUGUUGAUGCUCAUAUUGUCAUUGAGAAUUCAAAUAUAUUGCAUCCUCUUCCUUGGAAUGGGGUUAGACCAGAUAGUUUCACUUACCCAUCUGUUCUCAAGGCAUGUGGUGAAAAAUUGGAUAUAGGGUUUGGGAGGGAGGUGCAUAAGUCAAUCAAUGCUAGUUGUCAGGAUUGGAAUUUAUUUGUGCAUAAUUCAUUGGUCUCCAUGUAUGGGAGAUUUGGGCUUGUGGAUGUUGCUCGUCACUUGUUUGACAAAAUGCCCACAAGGGAUGAGAUCUCUUGGAAUGCAAUGAUAUCUGGUUAUGCCUCCAAGGGCAUGUGGACGGAAGCAUUUGAGCUGUUUGGAAGCAUGCGGAUGGAGGGUCUUGGAGUUGAUAUCUUAACUUGGAAUACCAUAGCUGGAGGAUGCUUGAGGACAGGCAAUUUCAAGGGUGCACUUGAGUUGCUUUCUCAAAUGAGAAUCUGUGGUAUUUUAUUGGACUCGGUAGCAUUGAUUAUUGGUUUGAGUGCUUGUUCCCACAUUGGAGUCAUUAAGUUAGGGAAGGAGAUUCAUGGUUCUGCAAUUCGUAGUUGUUGGGAUGGCUAUGAUAAUGUUAAACAUGCAUUAAUUACAAUGUAUUCCAGGUGCAAAGACCUUAGGCAAGCCUAUGCUUUGUUUCAAUUGAUAGAAGAUAGAAGUAUAAUUACUUGGAACUCCAUGCUUUCUGGUUAUUCCCGCAUGGACCGAGCUGAGGAAGCUUCAUUCCUAUUUAGGGAGAUGUUGUGUUCUGGAAUUGAACCUAAUUACAUUACAAUUGCCAGCAUCCUUCCCCUCUGUGCUCGGGUAGCGAAUCUUCAACAUGGGAAGGAGUUCCACUGCUACAUCACAAAACGUGUAGUGUUUGAUGAUUAUUUACUUCUGUGGAAUGCUCUUGUGGACAUGUAUGCCAGAUCAGGCAAAAUUUUAGAAGCUAAACGAGUAUUUGAUUCAAUGUCUAAGCGAGAUGAAGUAACUUAUACUUCAAUGAUUGCAGGAUAUGGAGUCCAGGGUGAGGGAAAAGCUGCAUUGAAGUUAUUUGAAGAGAUGAACAUGUUACACAUCAAACCUGAUCAUGUAACCAUGGUUUCAAUUUUAUCAGCUUGUAGCCAUUCUCGUCUUGUAAUCCAAGGCCAAAUGCUUUUUGAAAAGAUGAUGAGUGUAUAUGGUGUAACUCCCCGUUUGGAGCACUAUGCUUGCAUGGUUGAUCUUUACGGGAGGGCUGGUCUAUUAAACAAAGCAAAGGAGAUUAUCACAAGGAUGCCUUACAGGCCAACUUCUGCAAUGUGGGCUACUCUUCUUGGAGCUUGUCGGAUCCAUGGAAAUAUAGAUAUAGGGGAAUGGGCAGCCGAGAAGCUGUUGGAAAUGAGACCUGAAAAUUCUGGUUACUACGUGUUAAUUGCUAACAUGUAUGCUGCUGCUGGUUGUUGGAACAAGCUAGCGAGAGUGAGGACUUUCAUGAGGGACUUGGGUGUGAGGAAGGCUCCUGGCUGUGCUUGGGUUGAUGUGGGCGAUGGAUUCUCCCUGUUUUUGGUGGGGGACACAACAAAUGAGCUGAGAAAUGACAUUUACCUUCUGUUGGAUGGAUUAACUGAGCUAAUGAAAGAUGCUGAUCCUGUUGUCAAUGAGGAUUUUAGUUCAGGUUAUGAUGUGUUUGAGUAG